AUCCUUAGCCAAUUACACGAUUUCUGGCGUUUGGAUUACUGGGAAGAUGAUCUUCGUCGAAGGAGAAGAUUUGUUCGCAAUGCAUUUGGUUCCACUCACGCUGAAGCAUUGCUCAAAGCGGCAAUAGAGUAUGGCACUGAAGAAGAUGUGGUGAAGUCAAAGAAGACAUUCAGAAGUCAAGCAAUUGUGAACCAGAAUGCAGAGACAGAACUGAUGCUGGAAGGAGACGAUGAUGCAGUCAGUCUGCUACAAGAGAAAGAAAUCGACAAUCUUGCAGGCCCGGUGGUUCUCAGCACCCCUGCCCAGCUCAUCGCUCCCGUGGUGGUGGCCAAGGGGACGCUCUCCAUCACCACGACAGAAAUCUACUUCGAGGUAGAUGAGGAUGAUCCUGCCUUCAAGAAGAUCGACACCAAAGUUCUCGCAUAUACUGAGGGACUUCAUGGAAAAUGGAUGUUCAGCGAGAUACGAGCUGUAUUUUCGAGACGUUACCUUCUACAAAACACUGCUUUGGAAGUAUUUAUGGCAAAUCGAACCUCAGUUAUGUUUAAUUUCCCUGAUCAAGCAACAGUAAAAAAAGUUGUCUAUAGCUUGCCUCGGGUUGGAGUAGGAACCAGCUAUGGUUUGCCACAAGCCAGGAGGAUAUCACUGGCCACUCCUCGACAGCUUUAUAAAUCUUCCAAUAUGACUCAGCGCUGGCAAAGAAGAGAAAUUUCAAACUUCGAAUAUUUGAUGUUUCUCAAUACUAUAGCAGGACGAACAUAUAAUGAUCUGAAUCAAUAUCCUGUGUUUCCAUGGGUGUUAACAAACUAUGAAUCAGAGGAAUUGGACUUGACUCUUCCAGGAAACUUCAGGGAUCUAUCAAAGCCAGUUGGUGCUUUGAAUCCAAAGAGAGCUGUGUUCUACGCAGAGCGCUACGAGACAUGGGAAGAUGACCAGAGCCCUCCCUACCAUUAUAACACCCACUACUCAACUGCAACAUCGACCUUGUCCUGGCUUGUUCGGAUUGAACCUUUCACAACCUUCUUCCUCAAUGCAAAUGAUGGAAAGUUUGACCACCCAGAUCGAACCUUCUCGUCAGUCGCAAGGUCAUGGAGAACUAGUCAGAGAGAUACUUCUGACGUAAAGGAACUUAUUCCAGAGUUCUACUACCUACCAGAGAUGUUUGUCAACAGUAAUGGAUAUAAUCUUGGAGUCAGAGAAGAUGAAGUCGUGGUAAAUGACGUUGAUCUUCCCCCUUGGGCAAAAAAACCUGAAGACUUUGUACGGAUCAACAGGAUGGCCCUGGAAAGUGAAUUUGUUUCUUGCCAACUCCACCAGUGGAUCGACCUUAUCUUUGGCUACAAGCAACGAGGACCGGAAGCUGUUCGUGCCCUGAACGUCUUCCACUACUUGACCUAUGAAGGCUCUGUGAACCUGGAUAGCAUCACUGACCCUGUGCUCAGGGAGGCCCUGGAGGCACAGAUACAGAACUUUGGACAGACGCCAUCUCAGUUGCUUAUCGAGCCACACCCGCCUCGGAGCUCUGCCAUGCACCUGUGUUUCCUUCCACAGAGUCCGCUCAUGUUUAAAGAUCAGAUGCAGCAGGAUGUGAUCAUGGUGCUGAAGUUCCCCUCGAAUUCUCCGGUGACCCAUGUGGCAGCCAACACACUGCCCCACCUCACCAUCCCCGCUGUGGUGACAGUGACCUGCAGCCGGCUGUUUGCUGUGAAUAGGUGGCACAACACAGUAGGCCUCAGGGGAGCUCCAGGAUACUCCUUGGAUCAAGCCCAUCAUCUUCCCAUUGAAAUGGAUCCAUUAAUUGCCAAUAAUUCUGGUGUAAACAAACGACAGAUCACAGACCUUGUUGACCAGAGUAUACAAAUCAACGCGCAUUGUUUUGUGGUCACAGCAGAUAAUCGUUACAUUCUCAUCUGUGGAUUCUGGGAUAAAAGCUUCAGAGUUUAUUCAACAGAAACAGGGAAACUUACUCAGAUUGUAUUUGGCCACUGGGAUGUGGUCACGUGCUUGGCCAGGUCCGAGUCGUACAUUGGCGGGGACUGCUACAUCGUGUCUGGGUCUCGAGACGCCACCCUGCUGCUCUGGUAUUGGAGCGGGCGGCACCACAUCAUCGGAGACAACCCUAACAGCAGUGACUACCCUGCCCCAAGGGCUGUCCUCACAGGCCACGACCAUGAAGUUGUCUGUGUUUCUGUCUGUGCAGAACUCGGACUUGUUAUCAGCGGUGCUAAAGAGGGCCCUUGCCUUGUCCACACCAUCACUGGAGACUUGCUGAGAGCCCUGGAAGGACCUGAAAACUGCUUAUUCCCACGCCUGAUCUCGGUCUCCAGCGAAGGCCACUGUAUCAUAUACUAUGAACGAGGGCGAUUCAGCAAUUUCAGCAUCAAUGGGAAACUUUUGGCUCAGAUGGAGAUCAAUGAUUCAACACGGGCCAUUCUCCUGAGCAGCGACGGCCAGAACCUGGUGACGGGAGGGGACAACGGCGUGGUGGAGGUCUGGCAGGCCUGUGACUUCAAGCAGCUGUACAUUUACCCCGGAUGUGAUGCUGGCAUUAGAGCAAUGGACUUAUCCCAUGACCAGAGGACUCUGAUCACGGGCAUGGCCUCUGGUAGCAUCGUAGCCUUUAAUAUAGAUUUUAAUCGGUGGCACUAUGAGCAUCAGAACAGAUACUGAAGGCGGAGACCCGAGCGCCAGGCUGAGGGGAGAGCACGCGCGCUGCACGCAAGGCCCUAUUUCAGCAGAAACCGUCUGCAUCGGCCCGUCUCUACAUCCCAUCACACCCAGCAGUAGCUGUCCAUGGUAGUCAGCAACCAUUUUCCUUUGUGUGUUUUUUCACGACGGAACACCAGCUGCUGUCAAGCAAGCUUCUAUCAUGUAAAUUAUAUGAAUUAGGAGAUGUUUUGGUAAUUAUUUCAUAUCUUGUUGUUUAUUGAGAAAAGGUUGUAGGACGAGUCACAAGAGACUUUUGACAAUUCUGAGGAACUUUGUGUCCAGUUGUUACAAAGUUUAAGCUUUGAACCUAACCUGCAUCCCAUUUCCAGCCUCUUUUCAAGCUGAGAAAAAAAAAAAACACGUUUGAUACUUUGUACAUCAGAUGCAUCUUAUUUAAAAGGGAUACUUUUGUAAAAGUAAAACCUUGUAUAAAGAACAAAACGUUUCUUAAUUUUAUUGUGGAGUUACAACUUGCAUGUUCUUUACUCCUGAUGGAACAGGUGCAUUCACACUAUGAAACAGAAAGAUCUGUCCAAGAACACAGCUUGUAGGAGAGGGUUGAAUUUGGGCUCAAUCAGUAAUUUUUGACAUUUUCACCAAAAUAUGGUUUGCACUUUUUCAUCUAAAUUCAUCCCUUCUAAGUGAAAUUUGUGCACUAAGCAUUUGGAUACUAAGCCAUUCUUUGCCGUUUGGGGUACUUUAUACAAAGAAAAAAGUCAGCCCUACUCUUUCUAACGUGAAGGCACAGCAGAAAGGGGGCUUAGGGGUGAGGUCCUGUUUACCUUGUCUCAAUAGGAGUCAUGUGUUCAUAGUGACGACUUCCCGGCACCUGGACACCUCUUCCAGAAUCAUCCUGCUGGCUUAGUGUGUAUACCUUAGGGGCAGAGAAGCUGAAGCUAACUUACUUUUUUCCCUCUUUGGUUCUUGAAUAGCUUAGUUUCUUUAAUAACAAGUCGAACUUGAUUACAACAGUAACUGAAGUUCUUUUAGGUUCUUGUGAAAUUCUCACCUAAAACCACAGUCUUAGCCUAAGGCAUUUCAUCUUUUCUGAUCUAAAACGAUGGCUGUCAAAUGAUUUUCCACACAUUGUACCGAUCAAGUUACAUGCCCAGGGGUAUAUAUGCUUUCUUCAUGUUUCUUCUUUGUAUCUUUGGUGACUGUAUCGUCCUAGAUGUACAUAUUGUGUCAGUAGGGCUAUGAGGCAUGUUACAGGAAUGUAAUUUUCUCUGAAUUUACACUCACUUGCAGUCAUUUAUUUAAAACGAUAAAACAAGAUAAUGGGUUCUUUGUAUUGGCACUUUGCACCAGAAACAUAUCAUUAUUUAUUGAUGUGAUUACUUCUGUUAUCCACCUUGUACUGGUAAGUUUUAGCACUGAAUUCCUUCUUCAUUGUUGUUUGUAUUUAUGAAAUUCUGAAAUUACGGGGAAUCGGCGUAACGAUUAAGUUAUUCAUCGCAGGCUGUAAGCAAUAUCUUGAGUUUGUAGCUUAGAAUUGGGAGGACACUGAGCAUCUGGAAGACGAGUUCAUUUCAUCUUGAGAUCUUGGUGAAACAUUUCGGGUCUAUAAAUUCCUUAAGCUAUCGUAACCAUGUUUUAUUGCAAAGAUGUAAAAUAUGCCAGAUGUGUGUGAGUUGGAAAUCAAAACGCGAAAAAUAAAAUAUGCAAAGAAUUCAC